UUUUUUGCCACCACCAAUCCCUCAAAAUCCCUUUAGAGAGAGAGAAAGAGAGAGAGAGAGAACCCAAAUGGCUUCCAAAGCUACAGCCUCUCUUGCUAUCCUCCUUUCUCUCAAUCUCCUUUUCUUCUCCCUUGUCUCAGCUUGUGACAAUUGCUAUGUCCCUGCCCCACCCAAGCCUAAGCCAUGCCCGCCCACAAAGCCAACCCCUUCCUCUGGCUAUGGAAAGUGUCCUAAGGAUACCCUUAAAAUCGGCGUAUGCGCCAAGCUCCUCGGUGGGCUCGUCGACCUUACCAUCGGCAAGCCCCCGGUGACCCCAUGCUGCACCUUGGUUGAAGGCCUUGCUGAUCUUGAAGCUGCUGUCUGCCUUUGCACUGCCAUCAAGGCUAGCGUUUUGGGCAACAAGCUUAAAAUCCCUCUCCACCUCAGCUUGCUCCUUAAUGUCUGCAAGAAGAAUCUUCCCAAUGGAUUCCAAUGCUGAUUUUAGUGUCUCUUUACUCUAUUUUUAAAUUUUCGAGUAUUUUGAUGUCUUGUGGUAUGGGGACUUCUGUUUUAGAUUUCAUUCCAAAUUAUUAUUGGUUCUUUGUUGAUUUUC